GUCUGUCCAGGGUACCCCGCGGGCCGGCUAGGAGCUCGUCCCGGGCUUUUCCCUGGGGAAACUCCUCCUCCUAGCUCUCGCCAGGGACCCGGACCCGCCCGCCUGGGGCAGCCGCUCAGGUCCGUCCCCUCCCCCUGCUCGAGGUGACCGGAGACCUUUGCUUGGGGGUGUCGCCUUGGGCUCUAGGACGCCGCCUCCUUUGAUUAAAGAGAGAACUGGGGAAGGUGGGGGAGUUGUGAGCCCGGCCUAGGAGGACGGGAGCUCAGUAGGAGGCGGAGGAGGAAGGCGGAGGGGCUGGGAGCAGCGGCCGGGAGCGAGGCAGGUCAUCUUGAAGUUUUAUACACUUAUAAUUACCUGAUGCUGUUGACAAAAUCAAGAUGGCUUUAAACUCAGGCUCACCACUGGGUGUUGGACCUUACUAUGAAAACCGCGGAUACCAACCAGAAAACCCUUAUUCCCAGCAGCCUGGCAUGGCUCCUAAUGUCUACGUAGUGCAUCCGGCCCAGUACCACCCAUCUGCAGUGCCCCAGUAUGCCCCAAGGACUGUAACACACAACUUAACACCUGUCGUCCACACGCAGCCCAAACCCCCAUCGACCACACUGUGUGGCCCAAAGUUUAAGAAAGUGCUGUGCAUCACCUUGGCCUUGGGGGCUGUGCUUGUGGGAGCUGCGCUGGCUGCUGGCCUGCUCUGGAGGUUCCUGGAGAAGAAGUGUGUUGGGAUCGAAUGCAGCUCCUCGGGAACCUGCGUCGGCGCCUCACACUGGUGUGAUGGGGUAGCAGACUGUCCCAAUGGGGAGGACGAGAACCGCUGUGUUCGCCUCUACGGGCCAAACUUCAUUCUUCAGGUCUACUCACCACAGAGGAAGUCCUGGUACCCCGUGUGCCAGGACGACUGGAGCGAGAGCUUUGGGAGAGCUGCAUGCGAGGACAUGGGCUAUAAGAAUAGUUUUUAUUCUAGCCAAGGAAUAGCUGCUGACAGUGAGGCUACAAGCUUUAUGAAGCUGAAUGUAAGUGCUGGCAACGUCGAUCUCUAUAAAAGACUGUACCACAGUUAUACCUGCUCUUCAAAAACAGUGGUUUCUUUGCGCUGUAUAGGGUGCGGGGUCAGCUCAAAGUUCGGACGCCAGAGCAGGAUUGUGGGUGGAUCAAGUGCAGCGCUGGGGGACUGGCCCUGGCAGGUGAGCCUGCAUGUCCAGGGCAUCCACAUCUGCGGAGGCUCCAUCAUCGCCCCUGACUGGAUUGUGACAGCCGCCCACUGCGUAGAAGAACCUCUUAAUAACCCACGGUAUUGGACAGCCUUCGUGGGAAUUUUGAGGCAAUCUUUUAUGUUCUAUGGAAGUGGAUAUCGAAUAGAAAAAGUCAUUUCUCACUCAAAUUAUGAUUCCAACAACAAGAACAAUGACAUUGCUCUUAUGAAGUUGCAGACGCCUCUGACCUUUAAUGACAAAGUGAAGCCAGUGUGUCUUCCCAACCCGGGCUUGAUGCUGGAGCCGGAGCAGCCCUGCUGGAUUUCCGGGUGGGGGGCCACCUAUGAGAAAGGUGAGGCUCCCAGGCACUUGUUGCUGCAGAAAUAUGGAUUACAUUUUUAUUUUGGUUACUCCUUAUUGGUAGAGACUUGGAACUCACAGGAGGCCCCGCUCUAUGCAGGGUCAGUGGGGCCUGGUGAUUUGUGACUUGGUUUUCCGUUUCCAGUAACUUGCUGUGUCCCACAGGGUGACAGUGGAGGGCCUCUGGUCACUCUGAAGAACAACAUCUGGUGGCUGGUUGGGGAUACGAGCUGGGGAUCUGGCUGUGCCAAGGCCAACAGACCAGGCGUGUACGGGAACAUGACGGUGUUCACAGACUGGAUCUAUCAGCAGAUGAAGGCAAAUAGCUAAUCCCUAUGGCCUUUGGCCUGGAGAUCGUUCUACAAGAAGAUGAAGGGGCUGAGUCUUUAUUCCCUGUGCAUGAUAUACUUUUAGAGAUGAUUCAAAGGUCUUUCCAUUUGUAUUACAUAGUGAGCUUGGUUGAUUUUGGCACUCUGCUGCUCUGCACUGGCUGCAAUGGCUCCCGCACCCAGGCCCAAUGUCCCUGACCCCUCUGGCAAAGGGGCGAUGGGCCCUGCUGGGUGUGGGCACCUCAGGCAA